AUGUCGAAGGUAAAACGGGAAAGAGCAAUAGUUUAUGUAGGCCACAUUCCAUUUGGGUUGUUUGAGCCUCAACUCAAGGAGUAUUUUUCCCAGUUUGGAAAGAUUUUGAGGAUUAAGUUGAGUAGGUCCAAGAAGAAUGGUCACUCGAAAGGAUAUGCAUUUAUUGAGUUUGAAUCUAUGGAAGUAGCUCAGAUUGCAGCCUCAACCAUGAACAACUAUAUUAUAUUCAAAAGAAGCCUCAAAUGUCAUGUACUUCCUAAAGAGAGUAUUCACCCAUACAUCUUUAUCAAGUCUAAGAAAAAAGUUUCUCCUGAAUCUAACAAAACAUUAUCUGAAGAAGAAAAACAAGCCAAGACUAAGAAAUCGGUCAUUUCAAAGAAGAAGAAACUGCUUAAAAUUACUAAAAUUUUAGAAAAGGAGAACAUAAACUACGAACUCCCCUCCGUGUAG